AUGGUCAUGAAUUUUAUCAAUGAGAGUCAUCGAUUACAAGUAAUGCAAAAUGCAGUACUUGUAGCUGUAAACAAUUCAGUACAGCAAAAUGAACAUAAACGUCAAAGAAAACGAAGAAUAAUUGUGCCGAGAAAUCGUGCAGCAGCUCACGACAAUUUAGUUUCAGAUUAUUUUAGUGACCAACCAUUAUACGAUGAAACCACAUUUCGAAGGAGGUUUCGUAUGCGAAGACCCCUUUUCCUUCGCAUUGUCAACACAUUAAGUGCAACUAACCGUUACUUCCAACAACACCCAGAUGCUACCAUGCGUCUUGGUGCUUCACCCCUUCAGAAAUGCACAGCAGCCAUACGUAUGUUAGCUUAUGGUUGUUCUGCUGAUCAAGUAGAUGAGUAUCUGAAGCUCGGUGAAAGCACUGCUAGAGAAUGUGUUGCACAGUUUGUCGACGGAGUAAUUGCUCAAUUUGCAACUGAGUACCUUCGCAAGCCAACAUUGGAAGAUAUCCAACGCCUCCUUAGAGAAGGGGAGGAUAGAGGUUUCCCUGACAUGUUGGGCAGCAUUGAUUGCAUGCAUUGGGUUUGGAAAAAUUGUCCUGGAUGGAAAGGAAUGUAUCAAUGA